CAGCGCGCAAGACGUCGAAAUCCUAGCCUCCCUAGAUUGAAACUUGGAAAAAAAUAGUUAACGCGUUCCGCUCGGUAUUUAUUUGACUUUGAUCGGCGGGUGAUCGUGACUUGUUUGAAAACAUCGACGGGCGCGCUGUUUGAAUUUCUGGCGAGUUUGUUUUUCGUAGUUGGCAUUGGCAGUGCGUUUUCGACCGUGUUAUUUUCGAAAUGGUGGCGCACGGAGAGUUUUGUACGAUAGUAGAGGAAAACAACUACAAGAACUACGUCGAAUCGAUUGAUACGAAGCUCACCCCCAUCCAGAAGUUCUAUACUGGCGUAAACGUGCUCGUCACAGGAUCCACCGGAUUCCUGGGCAAGACCCUCGUGGAGAAGCUGCUGAGGUCGUGUCCUACGGUAUCGAGCCUCUACCUGGUCAUAAGAAGCAAAAAGGGCAAAUGCAUGGAAGAAAGGUUGGACGAGUUGUUCGACGAUGUCCUCUUCAGCAGACUCAAGAAAGAAUGUCCGAAAUUUAGGCACAAGGUCAUCGGCAUCGAAGGCGACUGCGCCUUGCCUGAGUUGGGGUUGGACAUGCAGGAUAAAAGACUGCUCGUAGAUGAGAUAUCUGUAAUAUUCCACGUCGCAGCAACAGUUCGCUUCGAUGAGAAGCUGAAAACUGCUGCAGCGAUCAACGUCAGAAGCGUCAGGGAUCUCUUGAAGCUGUCGAAAGAGAUGGUUAACCUAAAGGCGUUCAUGUACGUGUCGACCCUGUACGCAAACUGUCCGGAACUUACGAUAGAGGAAAAAAUCUACCAGUCUCCCAUAGACGGUGACAAACUUAUACUAAUGGCUGAAAAUUUACCGGACAAUGUCCUAAAUGACGUCACCAAUGCACUGCUAGGCAAAUACCCCAAUACUUAUACGUUCACCAAACAAAUUUCCGAAAACGUGAUAAGUAAAACCGGACAAAAUCUGCCCGUGGGAAUUUUUAGACCAGCUAUCGUUGUGUCCACCUACAAAGAGCCAAUUGAGGCGUGGAUCAGCAAUCUCUAUGGACCGACCGGAGUUUGCGCCGGAGCCGGCACAGGGGUACUGAGGACGCUGCAUUGCGAUCCUCACGCUAACGCGAACCUAGUUCCAGUUGAUAUGUGCGUCAAUUCUCUGAUCGCGAGUGCCUGGGAGGUGGGAGAUAUGUAUCAGAAAGCACUUCAGCAAAAGUCUUCGUUCGAAAUCCCAGUGUAUAACUACGAAUCAAGCAACGACAAUCCUAUCGACUGGGGUACGUUCAUGUAUCUAUCGCAAAAGUCUGGAUUGAAAACCCCCACCAGCAAAGCCAUAUGGUACUAUUUCUUCGGCCUCUACAAAAACUACUACCACUACUUGGUGGCCACUUUUCUCUUCCACACCAUGCCCGCCAUCGUAGCGGACGUGGUGAUGUUCUGCAUGGGAAAGACGCCUCAGAUGUCCAAAGUCUACAAGAAGAUCCACAAGUUCUCGGACGUGAUCUCGUAUUUUGCGACGAGGAGCUGGAAGAUCCAGUCGGCGAGGGUGCACCAGCUGAUAAGCAAAAUGUCGGGCGAGGAUCAGGACUUGUUUUUCUGCGACCUGAGGAAGCUGGACUGGAACGAGUUCUAUUUGUCCUAUCUCAGAGGUGUGAGAGUCUACCUUUUGAAGGACCCAAUGGACACUCUGCCUCAGGCGAGAAAGAGAUGGUCGCGAUUGUACGCAGCUCACCAAGUGACUAAAGCUUUGGUGUUUCUUCUUCUGUUGAGGCUCGCGUGGAUGUUACUCAGAAUGAUGGUAUAGUGGUUCGCUCGGUGGUUUGUACAGGGUUCAAGUUGGAUGGUGUGUAGGGUAUUUUUUGUGAAUGUGAUAUUUAGCCGAGGAUGUUUUUGUGCUAUAGUCGAGGCUCAAUAUUUAUUGUAAGUUUUGUUACAAAUGUAUAUUUUAACAAUAAAUUGUUAUUUUACAAA